CGUGGAAAACGGCCCGAUCUUUCCCAAAUUCAAACCACUGAUACACAACUAGUUGGUGAACUUACAGAGAACAUUCGCUGAACUUUUCGAAAAGUUACAGCUAGUUGAAUAUUAUUUUAAAAGUGAAAAUUAUGCCUGUCCCGAUCAUUUUGUCUAUCCCCUGUAUUUGUAAACAAAAGUGUAGCAAAAAAUCUCGAUAUUUGGAUCUGAUAGAAUACCGCUUUGCAGGUCAAAGUUUAACACAGAUUCCAAAUCUAAGGAAUUUCAAUAAUGACUCGACCAGAACCCUGGCUCAUGGCACUUGUUGCGAAGAAUGGCUUGGACAAUCUUUGCCGAGUGUGUUUAGCAAGUGGAAAUGCAGACCUUGGCUAUACGCUGAUCAACAUAUUUGAACCGCCAAAUCAGGAUACCGCAUCAGGAUUUUCGAAAGCGGAUGUUCUACACACCAUCUGUGACAUAGAGCUUUCAGAAGAUGACCACUUGCCCAAGAGAAUUUGCCCUGUGUGCUUUUCACGUUUGGAUGAUGCUUACAACUUGCGCCAGCAGUCGCAGACCACCCAACAAACAUUAUACGAAGUUCUCGCUGAGGUAACAUCAGCAUCAGAAAAUGCAGCAAGAAACAACGUGAACCAGCUCGAACAUGAGGUCGGUAAAUUAUUUGAACGAAGCAAAUUGUUCCCGAAAAUGUUUCUUUUCGGAAUGUUUCCCAUUUCAUGUUUCUCUUUUCAAGGCUACUUUGAACAGCUUAGAACUUAUCUUACCCAUAUUUUACCAUUAUAGUCAUUACGGGUUUGCCGUUGAUUAUCUUCCCAAGCCCGUCUUUUAUUCGUGAAUUUUAACUUAGGCUGGAAGAACUCAUUUACUAACUUGAAAUACGAACAA